AUGGUCCAAAAAUAAGGAGCAACUAUGUCCUUCUCUCAGUUCGGAUACCCCUACAGCACCACUUCACAGUUCUUCGUGCCCGCCAGCCCCAGCACGACCUGCUGCGAGGCCGCCCCCCGCUCCGGGCCGGAUGCCUCCUCGGCGCCGGCCGCCGCCUCCCUGUGCUGCGCCCCGUACGAGAGCCGGCUGCUGGCGCCCGGCCGCGCCGAGCUCAAUGCCGCGCUGGGCAUGUACAGCGCCCCGUACGCCGCCGGCCAGGGCUACGGCAACUACUUGCCCUACGGCGCCGAGCCCGCCGCGCUCUACACCGCGCUGAACCCCCAGUAUGAAAUCAAAGACGGCGCCGGCACGUUGCACUCGGGGAUCGCGCAGCCCGCUACCUACUACUCCUACGAUCAUUCCUUGGGGCAGUACCAGUACGACAGGUACGGGACGGUGGAUUUCGGUGGUUCAGCCAGACGCAAAAAUGCAACGCGAGAGACGACGAGCACUCUCAAGACCUGGCUGUAUGAGCACCGCAAAAACCCCUACCCCACCAAAGGAGAGAAAAUCAUGCUGGCUAUCAUCACUAAAAUGACCCUGACGCAAGUGUCCACUUGGUUUGCUAACGCCAGACGGAGGCUGAAGAAAGAAAACAAAAUGACCUGGUCUCCCAAGAACAAAGCGGGGGAAGAGAGGAAAGAAGAAACUCCGAGGGAAGAGGAUGAAUACAGUGCGGAGGCAGAGCAGAAGAGCUACAAGGAGGACAAGGACCUGCGGUUCAGCGACCUGGAGGAGGAGGAAGAGGAGGAGGAGGAGGAGGCGGGGAAGCCGGAGAAGGGCCGGACCAGCUCCCUGCAGGAAGCCCCCAGCCUGGGCGCGGCGCUGCCCGAGGCUCCGAGGAGCGACUGCAGCCUGCCCGGCCCCUUUCACGCCUUUCCUUGUGCCAAGGCCCCCGCCGCGGACUUCGCCCCCGCCUCCUCGGCCGGCCCGCCGCCGCCCUACGCGCCCGCGGAGAAGCCGCGCAUCUGGUCGCUGGCGCGCACCGCCGGGGCCAGCGCGGCGCGCAGGGGCAGCCCCGAGGGCCGCGGCGCGGAGGGAGGCGGCGGCGCGGCGGGGGAGCCACCCCUGCCCGCCAAGGCCUUCCGGAGCUCCGCGUUCAACCUGCAGCCGCUCCCGCGAAGCUGCGCGUCCCACCGCGGCCUGGGGGAGCCGUGCCAGUUCGCGGCGGCGGGCGAAGGUACCCGCGGCGGCGGGGCCGCGGGGACGGGCGGGACCGCGGGCCGGGCCGGGACACAGGGCGCGGCGUGA